AUGAUCGUCAAUGAAAAGUGUCAAAAGCUAGCAGUAGAAACUGUCGAUGAACAUAAAACACGUCUAGCUCGGAUACAAGAUCGAUAUAGUUAUAAAACUUCGGCUCAAAAUAUAUCAAUUAUACAUGAGAAGCAUACUUUGAAGGAUGCUAAUAAUUGUUUUAAUGAUCAAAAUCAAAAUGCUACUCAAGUUAAUAAAAUCCAAUAUGCUAAAUCUCUUCCUUACAUGGCACCU